AUGGGGAGACGAGGAUUCUUCGGAGGGAGAAGAUUCGGUGGUGGUUUCGGUCCUAUGGGUCCAAUGGGUCCGGGUCCAAUGGGUCCGGGUCCUAUGGGUCCAAUCGGUCCAGCGGGUCCAACGGGCUGUGGAAUGGGUGGAAUGCCUCCUCCUCCGCCUCCUCCAGUUGCAGAAUCGCAGUUCCCGAAAAUGAUAAUAUCACCGUGUGUUUCUCUCCUUCCCUAUGAUCGCCGUCAGGCAACAUUGAUUGAGCUUUUAGAAUUCGGAGAAAUUUUCAUUCUACAGUUCGACUAA